AGAACGCGUUAGUCCGGGCGCGCAGCCCGCUCCUCCUGCGGCUUUAACAUCCCUGACAUGGGAACCCCGCUGCCGCUGCAGUACGACUUCUUCCACGAGCAGCACUUCCAGCACUACAAGUACGAGCCCUGCUGCGGCCCGGAGGGCCGGUUCCUCGCGCAGACCGAGCAGUGCUGCACCUGCAGUAACUGCACCUGCGACGCCGGUAAAAACCAUGUCAUUGUCCGCAACUCACCAGCCGUAGUAGCCGGAGCCCCGGCGCGAAAGAGAACAGGACCGCCGUCCGUGUCUUCCUCUUCAAGGCGAGGCUGCAGGCUCAGCGGCGGGGAGUUCACGCCUUCCAGUCAUGGUAGUUUCUCCAGACACGGUCCCCACGGUCGGCAGCAGCACAGCCCGAGCAGCAGCCGCAGCCGCGCAGGAAGCCACGCGUUCACCGAACCGGCCAUGAGCAGCUGCAGGUACAACGGCGGCGUGAUGCGGCCGCUGGGCACCCUGAGCUCGUCCCGCAGGAACAUGCACGAGUUCGACUCGGAGUCCCAGCCGCUGCAGCCCGGCUCGAGCGCGGACGCGGCGGACGUCGUGGUCUCCAAGCCGGCGGAGCGCAACUCCAGCGGGCUCGUGCCUUACACGUCCGGCGACGGAGCGGCGCCGGCGGGAUGCAGCGGCGGCGGCGGCGGCGGCGGCGGCGGGGGAGGCGGAGGCGGAACGAAGUCCGGCAAAAAGAAGAACCAGAAUAUCGGGCAGAAGCUGGGCCACCGGAGAGCUUUGUUCGAGAAGCGCAAACGCCUGAGCGACUACGCGCUCAUCUUCGGCAUGUUCGGCAUCGUUGUCAUGGUCAUAGAGACGGAGCUGUCCUGGGGCGCCUACGGAAAGGAAUCUCUGUAUUCACUGGCUCUCAAAUGCCUGAUCAGCCUUUCUACAAUCAUUCUCCUGGGUCUGAUCAUCAUAUACCAUGCAAGGGAGAUACAGCUGUUCAUGGUGGACAACGCAGCUGAUGACUGGAGAAUAGCCAUGACCUCGGAGAGGAUGUUCUUCAUCUGCCUGGAGAUCCUGGUGUGUGCCAUCCACCCCAUCCCGGGCAACUACACCUUCACGUGGACGGCACGGCUGGCCUUCUCCUACACGCCCUCCAAGACGGACGCCGACGUGGACAUCAUCCUGUCCAUCCCCAUGUUCCUGCGGCUCUACCUCAUCGCCCGGGUCAUGCUGCUGCACAGCAAGCUGUUCACCGACGCCUCCUCCAGGAGCAUCGGCGCCCUCAACAAGAUCAACUUCAACACGCGUUUCGUCAUGAAGACACUUAUGACCAUAUGUCCGGGGACUGUCCUGCUAGUGUUCACCAUCUCCCUUUGGAUAAUUGCUGCUUGGACGGUUCGAGCAUGCGAGAGAUACCAUGACAACAUGGAUAUAACCAGCAACUUCCUUGGGGCCAUGUGGUUGAUUUCAAUCACUUUUCUCACCAUUGGAUACGGGGACAUGGUGCCUAACACGUAUUGCGGAAAAGGAGUCUGCCUCUUGACGGGUAUUAUGGGGGCUGGAUGCACUGCUUUAGUGGUCGCUGUAGUCGCGAAGAAAUUGGAACUAACCAAAGCCGAAAAACACGUACACAACUUCAUGAUGGACACACAGCUGACCAAAAGAGUGAAAAACACGGCUGCUAAUGUACUCAGGGAGACGUGGCUGAUCUACAAGAACACAAAGUUAGUGAGAAAGAUGGACCACGCCAAAGUGAGGAAACACCAAAGAAAGUUCUUACAAGCCAUCCAUCAAGCUCGGAAAUUAAGAAGUGUAAAAAUGGAGCAACGCAAACUUAACGACCAAGCAAACUCUCUAGUGGAUCUUGCUAAGACUCAGAACAUCAUGUAUGACCUGAUUUCGGAUUUGAAUGAACGGGGCGAGGACAUGGAAAAGCGGAUCGCCAUCCUGGAGACCAAGUUGGAGACCCUACUGUGCAGCCUGCAGGCCCUACCAGGGAUCAUCAGCCAGACCAUCACCCAGCAGCACCGGGACUUCCUGGAGGUGCAGAUGCAGCCUUACGACAGACACGGCACCCACAGCCCUGAACGUUCCCUGUCCGUGUCUCGCAGAAGGUCCACCUCGACGGCACCGCCAACCUCGUCGGAGAGUAGCUAG